AUGGCUCCUUCAUCCUCCCUCUUCCUCCUCGUCCUCCUGUGUGGACACAGUGUCUCUGUGUCUGUGUCUCCUCGACUCUCCUUCCUCCUCAACUCCACUCAACGACCUCUGGUCCACUUCAGUCUCCAUGACGUCACCAACACCACCACGCUGUUGCUAAGCAAUGAUGGCUCCACCCUGUACGUGGGCGCGCGUGACGCCGUCCUCUCAUUGGACAUCAGUCAGAGUGAUGUCAUCAGCCUGAGGAGGAAGGUGCAGUGGCGUCCGUCAGAGGCGGAGAUAAAGGAGUGUUCUAAAAAAGGGAAGAACGAGGUGCUCGAUUGUCCAAACUUUAUCCGAGUGUUACAGCCCAUAAACGCCACCCACCUGUAUGCCUGUGGAAGCCACGCCUACAGCCCCAGAGACGCCUUCAUCGACAGUGUGAGCCUCUCAUUGGUCGAGCUCAGCAGUGGUAAAGGUCGAUGUCCGUUUAAUCCGUUCCAGAGAAACAUCGCCAUCACCAUCGACAGCGAGCUCUUCAGCGCCACAACCGGUGACUUCAGAGGGGUGGAGCCUCAGAUCAGUCGUCACUUCAGCACAGGCGGUCGCUCUGAUGUCUGUCAGGACUCAUCUGUCAGUUUACUGGAGGAGCCGACCUUCAUCACCGCAGCGGCUGACUCGUCACAGAACAAACUCUACUUCUUCUUCACUGAAGUCGGGACAGAGUUCAGUUUCGUGGAAAAGCUGCAAAUCGCUCGAGUCGUCCAAGUCUGCAAGGAUGAUGUCGGAGGACAGAGGACGCUGCAGAAGAAGUGGACGUCCUUCGCCAAAGCUCCUCUGCUCUGUCAGUCUCACAAACAGCUUCCCUUCAACAUCCUCCAGGACGUGUUCACGCUGCCACCACUGGAGGGCGCCGCCGACACCUUGUUCUACGGCGUCUUCACGUCUCAGUGGUCCUCACGUCCAGAGUCGGCAGUUUGUGUCUUUAAGCUUCAGGACGUGCGGGCGGCGUUCGCUGGCAGCUACAAGAAGUUGGACAUGCAGAGUCACCAGUGGAGCCCCCUGCUGGGCAAACACUCGUACCUGGGAAAGUGUGGACUGGGCGGAGCCUCAGAUACUGAGUUAGAGAUGGUGAGGAUGAGUUUUCUGACCAGAGGGGGCGUCAAAGCGCUCGCUCCGCUCCUGGUUUCCUCGGAGCAAAGCUUUAGUCGUGUGGCGGCGAUGAGGACGACGGUGGUGGACGGCAAACACUACAGCGUCCUCUUCCUGCUCACAGAGUCCGGUUUCCUGCACAAAGUGGUUCUUUUGGAUCAGGGUCCGCGCGUCGUUGAGGAGAUUCAAGUUUUCUCUGAACCUCAGCUGGUGAAGAACAUGGUUCUGUCCUCGAGCAAGGGGGCGCUGUACGUGGGGACAUCAGAGGGCGUGACCUCAGUCCCCGUGGCGACCUGCUCCAUUUACAGAAGCUGCGGUCAGUGCGUCCUCGCCGGUGACCCUCUGUGUGGGUGGAGUCUGAGGGGCGGAGCCUGUGUUCGUGUGGACGGCAGCUCAGAUUCUGUAGUUCAGGACGUCGAGAACAGAGACGUGGAAAACAAAUGUGCAGCUCAACGUGGGAUCGGUGCGCCUCCUACAGAGGUCAGCGUCCUCGAGAACGAGGUCGUCGAGCUUUGUUGCGCGAAACCGUCAAACUUCGCUCGUCUCACCUGGACGUCCUCGCUCUUCAAGCUCCUCCCACAGAGACUCUUCAUCCAGUCAGCAAACGGCAGCCUCGUCUUCCUUGCCACCGCCGCCACCACCGCGGGCGUGUACCGCUGCGAGGCGGAGGAGGACGGGCACAAGGAAGUCGUGGUCAGCUACAGCAUGAGAGCGGCGGCGUCCCCGCGCUCGCUGAGGCCGGACGAUGAGUCCAACAGAGGAGGAGAUGAGACGUUUGAGGACAUCGCCACGGGGAAACCGCCGAUGAGGACGCCACCUUCAGGAGACGAAGAGGACAGCGCCGACGAAUUCACCGCCGAUCUUGCUGAUGCGACAGCGGCCAUCGACGGAGAUCGUUGCAGAAAAGCCAACGAUUUGAAAGAGUCGUUGAGGAAAGACUCGCAGUCGCAGCGCGAGACGUUUGAGGACACUCGUAAAGACAAGAGUUACUACAGCGAGCUGCUCGCCGUCUCGCUGCUGUUCUUCUUCUGUGUCUGUGUCCUGCUGCUCUGCGGCGCCCUCUACCUGUGGUGUCACAGAAAAGUGGAGGUGAAAGUGGAUCGCCUGGACGCGGUGGACACGAGUUAAGUUGUUUGAAUGUUGAUUAAAUAUUUUGACGUCAUUGCUUCAGAUUCAGGUUUACUUUUUAAAAUGUCUCUAAAACAUGUGAAUUAAAGGCACAGUCCAUAAAACAGCUGAUCAGCACUGUACCUUUAACUGUCUUUUGUGACAGUUUAGAGUUUGAUUUUAACUUUGUUCAAACAUUUUAAAUCCUAAUAAAAAUUAUAAUAAUAUAUUGUGUCUUUGUUUAAAGCAGAUUUUAUUUUAUUUUUUAAAGUCAUUUUAUAACAUUUGUAACAUCGUGUCAAAUGUUAAAUGUCUUAUUUUGUCACUUCAGCGUUUGAAAUGUUUUUGUUCAGAUUGACCUCGGUGACACAAAGUGACCACACACUUAACAUUGUAGCAAAGUGUCGUUUCUUCAGUGUUGUCCCAUGAAAAGAUAUAAUAAAACAUUUAUACAAA